AUAAAGGGUCCACUUGGAGAAGACCGCCUGAAGCUCCUCCUUGGGCGGCCAUUGUAGAUUACAUCCCCAAGUUUCGCCACAGUAUUUGCUUCUCUUCUUCCUCCAUGGACUUACUGAACAAGUUCAGCACGCGGAAGAAGGACCCACAAAAAUCGCCCUCUGUUCCUGUCUCCUGGAUUGAAAUCUCCGAAUCUGUCUCCCGCCACUGCCAAUUUCGACGUGAUGGUCGACUUUCUGUGAAGAUUAUUGAUGACACAAGACCAGCAAUUCAACGGGUUGUCGAGUCUUUCCUAAAUACAUUUUUUCCCUCGGGAUAUCCAUACAGUGUCAACGAAGGAUAUUUGAGGUAUACUCAAUUUCGAGCCUUGCAACAUGUUACUAGUGCAGCUCUGUCAGUGCUCUCAACGCAGUCACUGCUGUUUGCUGCAGGAUUGCGGCCAACAGCGGCACAGGCUACUGUUGUAAGUUGGGUUUUGAAGGAUGGGAUGCAGCAUGUUGGAAAACUCAUAUGCAGCAAUUUAGGUGCAAGAAUGGAUUCAGAGCCCAAAAGGUGGCGAAUUAUAGCUGAUAUCCUCUACGACUUUGGUGCUUGCUUGGAAGUUAUUUCUCCCUUAUGCCCUCAUCUUUUUCUUGAGAUGGCCGGCCUAGGCAACUUUGCAAAGGGAAUGGCAGUAGUUGCUGCAAGAGCAACGAGAUUACCAAUAUAUUCUUCAUUUGCAAAAGAAGGCAAUCUUAGUGACCUUUUUGCCAAAGGGGAGGCCAUCUCCACUCUCUUCAAUGCUGUUGGAAUGGGAGCUGGGCUACAAUUAGCGUCAACUGUUUGUUCAUCAAUACAAGGAAAGUUGAUUGCUGCACCUUUCCUUUCAAUCGUACAUGUAUAUUGUGUUGUAGAACAAAUGCGAGCAACCCCGAUAAACACGUUGAAUCCUCAGAGGACAGCAUUGAUCGUUGCCAAUUUUAUGAAGUCAGGAAGGGUACCAAGCCCCGCCGAUGUAAGGUACCGAGAAGACAUCAUUUUCCCUGGAAGACUCAUAGACGAUGCUGGAAAUGUGAAAGUAGGAAGGCCUUUACAUGAGGUUAUAAAGCCAUCAAAACUUUUUGAAAUGAAACAAAUUUUCCCAGAGGAGAAGUUUGUUUUGAACCAAAGUCACACGUGGGUUGACAUGGUGCUAGAGCAUGAUGCCUCAGGUGAAGAUGCAUUAAGGGGAUAUCUUGUAGCUGCAUAUACUGCAAACUUAAAGGGGCCCUCUCAUGAGCCGAGUGCUGGUAUGUUGGUUGAGGCUUACGAAAAGAUGAACGACGUUUUUACUCCGUUUCUAUCUGAGCUUCAGGCCAAAGGGUGGCAUACCGAUCGGUUUCUCGAUGGAGCAGGAAGUCGUUUUGCAUGGUAAUUCUUUAUUCUUCUGGCGAUCAUUUUUUCACAAGCCAUUUCGUGUGGUAGUUCUUUAUUCUGCAGGUUUGUCGAUCUUUGAACCCUACACAAUAUGGAGAAGAAAUAGAUUAGUGAUAGAGGAGCUUUACUAACAUCUCCAUAAUCUAGUUAGAAAUUUGCCAACUUGGCAACAUUGACGAUUUCAAAAUAGUUUGACGUUUCUCUUGGAAGAGAAAUAAGUUAUAGCAUAGUUGUAUGAAAUGACGAAUCAAUCAAGUUUUUGGAGUUUCUUUUUUCGUUUUUUUCCUUGGAUAACAAAUUUGAGGAGAUUUACAAAUUGUAAAAUUAGAUAUAUAUUUUUUUCAUUAUAAGUAUCAUUUUGUGCA